AUGGCUUUAGACGAGGCCACUGUUUGGAUCACACGACUAACUGUUACAGUACAACAUAUUGAAAUCUGGCAAAACAUUAAGGAGCUUAAGCGUCGAUGUCAAAUACCGGGUUAUGGAUUACAGUUUUAUAUCUAUAACAUUGCCAUCUUACCUACAGUAGAAUUAAGUGAUCCUACCACCUCUUGGUCUUCUGUCCUACAGUAUCAGUUUUUUCUUGUCAAUACAAUACAAGGAAAAGCUUUAUCAAGAUCUAUUAUUAGUAUAUUCGUACAAGGGAAGGAGGGGACUCGUUGGAUGAUGAGCGCGCUUCGAGAGAAAGAGUUAGAACUUUCAAGCGUUAGAAAAAAAUUUAAGCAAGAAGUGAAGAACAAAAUUUCAUCAGCGUCAAAAGUAAGAUAA